AAGCUGCUUCUGCCACGCGCUUGACGCUCCAGUAAGAUGAGCGUGUGUUCUCCAGGCUGUCCUCAUGGAUGAAUGCUGAGAGGCGGCCGAGCCCCUGGUGACCUCUUUCGCUUUUGCUAUGCAGAGGCAGCAAUGAUGCUCUGUCGGAGGGUCUGAAGUCUGGUGCGCGGAUGCGUUUUUGAGUGCGCUGCAGCCUGAACAGAAGAAACACGAUCUGGCAGACUGGAUGCAAACCACCCAGGAUGUUUUAACUGCGCUGCCUGUUAACUUUUUGUCUUAUCAUUCUUUUUUGUUUUUGACUUCGUUUGGAUGUCUUUUUGUGGGAGUUUUCGUGUUGCUCUGCAGGGAGCGGACAUGGUUUUGCGUACUGGAAGUUUAACCCUGCUCUCCUGAACUCCCCAUCUUUUGAGGGUUUUUUUCUUUUUUUUUUCUUUUUUUUCUUUUCACCACAAGUUUAUAACCGAGUCUGCAGGAGCAUUGAGGCACGAAAGAGCAAAUGGCCAACGAGCGCAAACCGCGACUCUGCAUCAUGGCAAAGGGGGACAGCGGGUAUGGGUUCCACUUGCACGGCGAGAAGGGGAAGAACGGCCAAUAUAUCCGCAAAGUGGAGCCGGGGUCCCCGGCGGAAGCGUCGGGUAUGCGCGCCGGGGAUAGGGUGGUCGCGGUGAAUGGAGUGAACGUGGAGAGAGAGACGCACCACCAGGUGGUACAGCGGAUCAAGGCAGUAGAAAAUGAGACCAGGUUACUGGUCGUUGAUCAGGAGACAUACGAAAGCCUCCGCAGCCUGCAUCUGACGGCCACAGAGGAGAUGGCUGUUCUCGGGACAGAGGCUCUCCCCGCUGCUUCCUCCCCUCCAGCCUCCUCCUCGCCGACACCCUCCUCCACUCCUUCCUCCCCCACCAAGAAGCGUCAAAACGGCUCUGUGUCCAAGCAGGGCAGCCAGGUGCAGAAGCCCACCAGGAGGUCACCUUCGAAGGCUGCGAAGAAGGAGGCCUCAACAGAAGUGGAGAUUCAGUCUCAGCCUCAGGACCAGUCCCCCCACCAGGUCGACCCGUCUGAGCUCGCGCCACGUCUGUGUCACCUGACUCGAUCAGCGGGGGGCUACGGAUUCAACCUGCACAGUGACCGGUCACGGCCCGGUCAGUACAUCCGCUCCCUGGACCCGGGAUCGCCUGCCGAGCGUGCCGGACUGCGACCACAAGACAGACUAGUUGAGGUGAACGGCGUGAACAUCGAGGGCAUGAGGCAUACAGAGGUAGUGGCCUUCAUAAAGAAAGGGGGAGACGAGACCUGGCUGCUGGUGGUGGAUCCAGAAACGGACGAAGACUUCAAGAGAAGAGGAGUGAUCCCCACGAUCAGCCACGUCAAAGAUUAUGAGGGUCCUUCCAUAUCCAACGGAUCGCCCAGCCCUCAGGUCAACGGCAGCUCCACCACGCAGUCCUUCAGGUCGACGCGCUCUGACCUCAGCAGCCAAGGGAACAGUACGCAGCUGGCAGAGGACGAUGGCAGCCAGCUCAUGGACCCUUUCGCUGAGAUUGGUCUGAGACUCGCUGCCACGGCGGCAGAGGAAAAGAUGAAACUCCAUGCCAAGGAGAAGAAGAAGGCGCCACAGAUGGACUGGAUGAAGAAAUACGAGCUGUUCAGUAAUUUCUAAGAAUAGACUUUGUGAAAGGCAUUUCCUAAAAAUCAAACUUCUCUGAAAAAGAAGAUCUUUCUAUACUCAGAUGAGAAUAAACCCGACACGCGAGGGACACAUGUUCUCUUUUCUCAACACUUUUUCUCUUCAUCAACUAUUUGAUUCACCCUCCUCCUCUGAGAGACUCGACAUAGCAGCUAUUUUUAUAUUUAAAAACCAUAAACAAAAAUAAAUAAGCAGCAUCCUGUUAUGGAAAGCCUUCUAAAGAGGUUACUGGACACUGUGACAUGAAUGAUGGUGGACUUUGUGGAAGUUUAUAUUUUUUCAAAUCAGCCUGGGGACGCCUGAAGCAGGCAGAAGAAUCACUGUGAAAGACUCUGCACCUCCAUCCCACGCAGACAAUGUACAACCAAGAAAAGAACGCUGUUUCUGUCUUACAUGUAUUUUUACAUCAAGUAUAUCAUCAUUAAUUAUCAUUGUCAUUAAUGUACGCCUGCUUGUGAAACAUAAAAUAAUUCAAAGAACUUCUUCCUGCGCUAAUCACCAAUAGGUCCUUAUCUGAAGACAAAGGGAGUGACCACUAAGGGAAGAACAGGAAGGAGCUCUAGGUUCAUAGAAGGGCUGUGUAGCGAGAGAUUGGCAUAAUCAGAGAAACUUAAAUUAAAAUGAUUUAAUGUGAAGGUUGUUUUAUGAGUUCAAACAUGUUUUGUUUGUUUGUUUGUCAAAGAACUAGUGGAGGCAACAUUUAACUGCUGGCCAAGUAGCAUUCUACAAAUAAUUCAGUAUUAAUUGUUAUUAUUUUUCUUUUAUAUUAUUAGACUUAUGAAGCAGAUGCUAUUGUGAAGGCUACACCUUUUCCUUCAUUACUAAAAUAUCUGGAAAGUUUUAGACUGUAGUAGUACAUUAGGAGUGUAGUCUCGUUUUACAACAUGUGGGAAAAGCCUUAAAGUAAAUUUGAACGUUUAUUAGAGGUUUAUGAGGUUCAAUUUACAGUGAAUGAGUUUCUGUUUCAUUGCUAUGUGUAAAUAUGUCAUAACACAGUUACUCAUUUCUGGGCUGGAGGGGCACCUCAGGCUUUUUCAGCAAGACAAUUUUCUAAAAGAAGUCAACUCAGAAAUGGUUUACUAGACACAAAGUCAACCCUUUCUUUGCCAAUUCAGUUUACAGACAUAAACUGUGAACUGUGUAUCUUCAAACUUUGUGAAAAGUUGCAGCAGAAAAGCAAUUGGUGCUUUCCAACUGGCAAAUAGCACCGAAUAUUGAAAGCAGGGGCACUUGCAAGUUUGCCACUAGGGUAUUGUCGGUUUUCAGAAUAUUUCAGUGUGAGAUUUUGCUGUUACAAUUGAGUGAAAUUUAUUUUGAGGCUUUUCACACCUGUUUGCAAAAAUUCUAAUGUGAUGUGAAGUUUAAUAGCAAUAAAAAACUGUUAUGAAUAGUGAGGGAUCAAUCAGAUUUUUACUGGUCGAGACAGAUUUCUGUCUUUCUUUGAUUUUUGACUUGCUAAUUAUUUACAAGAAUUAGAAGAUUGGCCCUGUAGGUGUAUCAAAACCUUUACUUUGUCUAAUCUUUACUAAACCCAAAGGCAUUGUGUGAUGUCUUUGCCGACCAAAAAAGUGCACCCUUUCAGAUUUGAUGUUUAUUAAACAGAAAAAAGUGAAUAUUUCAGUAUGAGACCAGUUUAAUCAGAGCAGAUUGAAUGAUUUCUAUCAGUAGCUGAUAGACUGGAACAUAGCAGGUCUUAUAAACAAGCUUACUCUUAUCUCGCAAGUCUUUAAGCUAAUUAGCCUUUAUCGUGAGGUCGAAUAUUUCAUUUCUGUAAAUAAAUAAAGUCUCUGGACAGAGGUUAAAGUUUAACAGAUACUGAUUUUCUUCUAGUAUCAGCUCAGAUACAACAUGGCAGCGAGUUGGUCAGGGAGAGCUGGAGAAGCUCACAGUGAGGUCAGAGGUGUUUCAGGAAAGACACUGGGAGCCACAGACAUUACAGAGGAUUACUAUGCAUAUAGGAACAGCUGUCAUACACAUGCUUGUAUGUGGAAAAGGUAAACAUGUAAUGCAUUAGGGUAAUUAGCAUUAGCUCUAUACUCUGACAGAGUCUGGAAAGCAAUCUGUGCUACAGAUGUACAUAUGUGUCAGGUUGCAUUUUUUCAAUAAACUGAAACAAAGGCUUCUUUUGAAUUUACCAAAAC